UUUGAUGAGGUCUUCCCUCCUCCUCCCCAGAAAUGAAAGAGCAAGUGUAAGUUUGCAAACAAUCUAAAAGCUCUUUCCAUUAGUCCACCACGCCGGAAACCACAAAGGACAGUCAAGUUGGACUUUUCAAGGAGAAAGCCUCGGGUAAAGCUUCCCUCCGCCGCCGGGAGAGCUGCAGGUUCCUGGGAGGGGCGCUCCCGACACCUCCCGAUGCCCAGGCCCUGGAGACCCAGGGCGGUGGAUUACAGGAAUUGAAAAGCUGGGGUGGCUUUGGGAGAUUACCCUGUGUUUGGUGUGCGCUCGCAUUUCCAGGCUAAGGGACGAGCGGAGGGGCCCUUUUGUUAUUUUUCCAAAAAACCCUCGAAGAUCAGAGGGGAAGAAGGGGUUUGAAGUGUGGAUUAGGGGCUCCCCAAACUUCGCCUGUCACCUCCGUUCGGAUCUUUAUAAAAGCAUCCAGGAGUGCCAUGGAUUUAGAGAGUCGUGCCCAGUUUCCCUGAAGCCUGUCCGGGGGAACCUCCUGGCUUUGGGGACUCAGAAACCUGUCCGGAGGCCGGCGGUGUCAGGCAGUCUGAAUGGACCAGCAUCUCCGCUGUGCAGCUUGGAGAUCUCCCCUCGCGCUGAGCGCUCCAUCUCUGCAGAGAUUAACCUGUUUGCUGGUCGGCGAAGGAUGGAGACGCGUAAACCCGCCGGGCUGCUGACCUGGCCUUACCACCUGCGCACGGUGCCCCUGGGAAUGCGGGCGCCCCUCCCUCGCCUCCCGGCGGGGGACCCCUGCAGGGUCUCCCUGCGCCUGGACGCCGCGUGCUGGCCGCUGGCGCGCGCGGGCUGCGCCCCGGGGCGGCCCUACCUGGCCCUGCCGCUCGGGGGCGCCUUCGAGCCCGCCUUCCUCCGCAAGCGCAACGAGCGGGAGCGGCAGCGGGUGCGCUGCGUGAACGAGGGGUACGCGCGCCUGCGGGACCACCUGCCCCGCGAGCUGGCGGACAAGAGGCUCAGCAAGGUGGAGACGCUCCGCGCCGCCAUCGGCUACAUCAGGCACCUGCAGGAGCUGCUGGAGCGCCACGCGCCGGAGCAGGAGGGGCCGGCCGGCUCCGGCCCCCCGCGCCGGGCUGAAUGCAACAGCGAUGGCGAGUCCAAGGCCUCCUCGGCGCCCUCGCCCUGCAGCGAACCCGAGGAGGCGGGCAGCUAG